AUGAGUGAAUACUCGUCCGUCUUCAGCGUCAACGACAGGCUGGCCCUGCUCGACACCGACACCGACGGCGAGAGUUUCGUGAGCGAUCACCACUUUGACACGCACAAAUACACGAUGGCCGAACAAUACUCGUACAGCCCGAAUCGCAGUUCCCAGUCGACCCUCACGCCGCCCGACUCGUCUGACCGAAAGCAAGACUACGGCGCUCUGGCCGGCGCAACCGAUUCAGAAGCCGACAACAGCGACAAUGAUGACACCUCCCAGCUCUCACGCUCCGCCUCCAUGUCGAGCAGGUACUCGAUCUACUCCCUGUCGCGCGUUAGCUUCGCCAGUCAGCUCGCCCAGCUCGGCGCCAUCCAAUUGCCCGAUGCCACCUCCCUGUCCGCACGCAUAUCAUGCAUGCCCACCUCGGCCAGCGCUGCAAAUGCCCUGAAAGACUCCUCGGAGCAGAUAAGAAGAUGGAUCCGGAAUGCCCACACAGUGCUGGAAGGCUUGGAAGCCGAAGACGAUGUUGAAUGGGCUGCUGCCGGUGGACGAGAAGGUCUGGACCACGUCGACCGCGCCAUUGGCCGCUUCGACAAGGUUGUCAAGCUCUACAUUCUCUCCGUCGAAGAACUGCAUUUGCGACACGACAUUGCUACCUUAGCACGGGAACAAAUACAGGCCAACUCGGACGACAUGGAUGCCGUCAUUAGGGAAUGGCAAAAGAUCAAAGAUUCCUUGGCUGGUGUCAAAGAGCAGGUCGAGAUUGCCAUGGAGUGGGAACAACUCUCAACCUCUAUCGGGACCGGUAUCGCUCACGAGCUCGAUGACCUAGCCGGCCUGGUAUUCGAGAUGGAGGAACAGCGACAUCAAUCCGUCACCUGCAACCUGGCCGAUUCCGACCACAACCUUGACAUUGACGAGCUGAAACACAUCGUCGACGAAAAGGCCAGUACUUCCAAGGCCGCGUCCAACCCUCGCCAUAGUCUCCCUCCUCCCUUCUCAUCCACGUCCGCUCUACAGGCUCCUCCUACCAUUGGCAACAUGGAAGACAACUUGCUGGCUCUGUUCGCUCGCAUGCAACCCCUGAGGGCGUCCUUGGACUUUCUGCCGAUGCGUUUAUCCGUCUUCCAUUACAAAGGUAAUCCCGUCUUUCCAACUGCCUGUCUCAACUUGGAGGGCAGACGUGACGCUCUAGAGGCCCAAUGGAAGAAGCUUGAGGCUGAUGCUGAAGCUUUGCGACGUGAACUGGGCGAGGAUCGAUGGCUACUGGUUUUCCGCAACGCCGGGAGACAGGCUCUGAAAAUGUGCCAGUCUGUUUCAAGAAGCAUACAAAAACUUGCAACGGCCCUCGACCAUGACGAACAGCAUACAGACAAUGCCUCGCUGGCAAAGAAAGUUGAGAGCUACGAGGCAAAGAAAAAUCACUAUGGCACCGCAAUCGAAAGAGUACUUGCCAUUAUCGAUCGUGGUGUACUUGAUCGACUCACUGUCAACGGCGAGAUUUUAGGACUGCAGUCCGAUAUGAAGAGAAAAUGGGCAGGCAUUCAAGCAGAGAUGCGGGAGCUGGACUCGCGCUUGCGAGGAGUGAAUCUUGACAUGCGAAACCAGCAGUUGCGCGACUCCGUCAGCACUAUUGUCUCGUCCGAACACUCCAUGACUAGUAGUAGUAUGGACACACCUAGAAGUUCGUCAGCCUCGUCUGUCAGUCGACCCGAUUUGACCCCCAGACGAUCGUCUCGUUUUACCCGCUUCGUCAGUGCCUUGCCACGCAGGACUCCUCAGUCCAAGCCCAAAGAUUCGAAGCCGUCUCUGAACCACAAGCCCUCGCGCGGUAAUUUGGCAUCGGGCGGAGCUACAUAUACCCCUUAUACUCCUCCACCUGCAACAGAUCCGCUCGUUCGCCAAUUCAAGGCCCCAGAAAACAAACCACGAUGGAAUCUCGCAACAAACACCAGAAGCACUUCUCUCAACUCACUUCAUCCACCAUCUUCAGAACCAGCGACGAAUCGUAGAGUCACCCUACCCCAUCGACCAAGCACUCCGAGUUCCACAGGAUCCAAAAUACCCACACCAAAUACAUUCACCCGCAGCACCAAUUCUCCAGGUCCCGCUUACUCUCCAGCUACACCUUCAAGAAGAAACGUCUCAACGCCUACGAGCUCGCCGUUGACGCCACGAGCACAGAGCUCUUUGGCCUAUCGAUCUGUCUCUACCAACAAUGCAAAACCUCGUUCCACCUCGUCGUCACUUCUACCAGGACUACGACUGCCACGAGCACCUUCAUCGCUUCGCAAGACCAGCUAUCUGUCACCUACACUUGAUGACCACGACGAGAAUGAGCAUGCAGAUGCCGGAGGGCUGGCUCCUACGCCACAGAGAAGAGCCGCGAGCUCACUAAACACCAGGAAGACUAAUGCGAAUCUGUUCGGAUUCUCAAGAAAUCAAUGA